AUGUUGCUCUCCGUAAUGCUCCGGAAAAAGCCGAUAUGAACCGGAAACUGUACAUAAUGGCCAUGGUGAUGGCCAACUGCAUGUAGGCCACUCAUCCACAACAACUCUUGUGUUUUAAUUCAGCUAUUUUUAACUGUUCCCUUACGAGUUCACAUUGUUUUUACAAGCUGACAGAGAAGCGAAUAUUUACCGGAGAUGGGAGUCCCGGCGUUUUUCCGUUGGCUUAGCCGAAAAUAUGCGUCAAUCAUUGUGCAUUGUGUGGAGGAAAAGGGGAAAGAAUGUAAUGGAGUCCGUAUUCCUGUCGAUACGACCAAGCCAAACCCCAACGAGGUGGAAUUCGACAACUUGUACUUGGACAUGAACGGGAUCAUUCACCCCUGUACACAUCCAGAAGACAAACCCGCUCCAAAAAAUGAGGAUGAGAUGAUGGUUGCCAUUUUCGAGUACAUCGACCGCCUGUUCAAUAUCGUUCGACCCAGGAGAGUUCUCUACAUGGCCAUCGAUGGAGUGGCUCCGCGGGCCAAAAUGAACCAGCAGCGCUCUCGGCGCUUUCGUGCCUCCAAAGAAGGAGUGGAGUUGACCGAGGAGAAGGCUCGCAUAAGGGAGGAGGUCAUUCAGAGAGGAGGUUAUCUUCCACCUGAGGAGAUUAAAGAGAGGUUUGACAGCAACUGUAUCACUCCAGGAACAGAGUUCAUGGACAACCUGGCACAGUGUCUUCGUUACUACGUCGCAGACAGACUCAGCAAUGAUCCAGGAUGGAAAAACGUCACGGUCCUUCUGUCUGAUGCUAGUGUUCCCGGGGAAGGCGAACACAAGAUUAUGGACUACAUCAGGAGACAGAGAGCUCAGCCCAACCACGACCCCAACACACACCACUGCCUGUGUGGAGCUGAUGCUGACCUGAUCAUGCUGGGCCUGGCCACCCACGAACCGAACUUCACCAUCAUCCGAGAGGAGUUUAAACCCAACAAACCCCGCCCGUGUGCACUCUGCGGACAGAUGGGUCACGAAAUCAAAGAUUGCCAGGGGGCGGCCAGAGAGAAACAGGGAGAGCACGAUGAGUUUGCAGACACGAUGCCAGUGUCUGAACAGGAGUUCAUCUUUAUCAGACUGUGUGUGCUGCGCGAGUACCUGGCCAGAGAGCUGACCAUGGCCAGCCUACCGUUUCCCUUUGACUUCGAGAGGAGCGUAGACGACUGGGUAUUCAUGUGCUUCUUUGUGGGAAAUGACUUCCUGCCGCACCUGCCGUCCUUAGAGAUCAGAGAGGGAGCGAUAGAUCGACUGGUCAACAUCUACAAAGACGUCGUGCACAAAACUGGAGGCUACCUAACAGAGAAUGGCUACGUCAACCUGGAGAGGGUGGAGCUGAUCAUGCAGGCGGUGGGCGUGGCUGAGGACAACAUCUUCAAGAAACGCAAAGAGGACGACGAAGGCUUUAAGAGAAGAAUGAAAGAGAAACGAAAGAGGAUGAAGGCAGAGCAGCGGGGUCCCGCCUACAUGACCACGGGCCAGUUUGCCCCUCAGGCCCUGGGGAGAAGAGACCGACCCGAGGCCGUCCAGAACGCCCGGCACCAGGCCUACGACAUGAGGAUGCAGCACAACAAGGAUGCUGCUCAGUUCCUGAAGGCCACGAUGAAGAAUGGUGGCAAUUCGUCUGCAGAGGCCAGCGGCAGCGCAGACAACAGGGGGAUGAAGAGGAAAGCUGAGGACAGUGACAGCGAGCCGGAGCCUGAAGACAAUGUCAGGUUGUGGGAGGACGGCUGGAAGCAGAGAUACUACAAGACCAAGUUUGACGUGGACGUGGAGGAUGAGGACUUCAGGAAGAAGGUGGUUAAGUCGUACGUGGAGGGUCUCUGCUGGGUGCUGCGCUACUACUACCAGGGCUGUGCCUCCUGGAAGUGGUACUUCCCGUUCCACUACGCUCCGUUCGCCUCCGACUUCAAAGACAUCAAAGGCAUGUUCACCGACUUUGAGAAGGACACCAAACCGUUCAAGCCACUGGAGCAGCUGAUGGGAGUGUUUCCUGCCGCCAGCGGCAACUUCCUGCCCCCAACAUGGAGGAGCCUCAUGAGCAGUCCUGAUUCUCCCAUCAUUGACUUCUACCCCGACGACUUUGCCAUUGAUCUCAACGGCAAGAAAUACGCCUGGCAGGGCGUGGCCUUGUUGCCUUUCGUGGAUGAACGUCGGCUGAGGGCGGCUCUGGCAGACGUUUACUCCGACCUCACACCCGAGGAAGUGAGAAGAAACAGCCUGGGCAGCGACGUGAUGUUUCUCGGGAAGUCUCACCCGCUCUUCGACUUCAUCCACGAACUCUACCGAACAGAAUCUCACGAGGACACUGAGAUCCCCGCAGAGCUGUGCCAUGGAAUCCUAGGUACAUUAAAUCUUGAUGACAACCCUAUUUUACCAGAUAAGCCAGUGACUUCACCCAUCCCAAUGCUGCGUGACAUUUCACAGAACAUUGCAAUCGGCGUGAAGUUCAAGGAUCCCCACUUUGCAGAUGGCUUUGUGUUCAAGGCGGUCCUCCUUUCUGGAGCCAAGAUGCCCAAUAAGGUCCUGAAGCCAGGGGACUGGGAGAAGGGGAACAGGGAACCAUGGAGGCCCCAGCUGGGCUUCAACCAACACCGGCAGCAGGCUCACCUGGACCAGUCCGGCUUCCGUGCUCUGGGCCACAGUCUGAACAGAAACCAGCACGGCGGACAGUACAGCAACGCCCCGCCGCCGAGCAACUACCAACAAGGAAACUACCGUUCUUCACAUAGGGGCGGCCACCAACCAUUCCAACAUUCCAGACAGAACAGUUUGCUGGGAGCGCCUCCCUCUUACCACCAGCCCCAGUAUCCAAGGCAGCAGCAGCAGCAGCAGCCGGCGCAGCAGUACGGGACCAGCCGGGGUCACGGUUGGGAUCGGGCCGCGCAGUCGCAGCAGUCGGCCUACCAGCAGAACAUGAGCCGCGGGCAGGGAGGGGCGCCGGCAGCGGGCACCUACCAGCAGCGCUACCAUGACCGCCAAGACGACUGGCGCGGUCGCAGGGACACCCGGGGACCACAGCAUCAGCAGAAUUAAAGUCAGUGAAUUCAAGGCCUACAGCUCUGGCAGAGGUUACCCCGCGCCUCCUCCAUCCAGAAGAUACAACUGGAACUAAACUCAAAGUUUGACUUUGGGACUUUCAGGGUGUGGGCCCGACUAUUUUUAGGGGAGACAUGUCAUCCUUUUUUUUCAGUGUAUUGUCUUCUUGAACAAUGAAAUUGUGUUUUUUAUUUUUUUCCUUUUUAUUCUACUUACACAAAAAAAAAAAUCGUAAUAUGUAACUUGUGAUUUUUAAGACAAACUGCCUGUAAAACUUGUAAAAUACAAGUAAGUCAAGGACGAAGUGUCCCGCUGUGUUUAUUUUUGAGACUAAUCUCUCCAAAAGUGGUUCAUGUGUUUAAAAGAAAGGUAACAAACGUGUAAUAAAACAAUAACCGUAA